AUGGAUAGUAAAGACAGAGCAGACACUUCCAAGGGAAGUGAAAACUCCCAAGCUCCAACCACCAACACAAAACCCCACAGCUCCAAAUUCCGCUUCAAAAGCACCACAUCAAACCAUUCCUCCCGAAAGCGACACCAUAGUCCCAAACCAAAAGAACGCACUUACAAACGCCGCCCACCCCACCGAUCCCGAUCCUCAAACCACAUCCAAGAAAAUCCCUCUCCCCGCUCCAGAUCCCUGUCCCCGAACUCAGCAUUCCGCGAAUCCCUCUUUGACGCAAUGGGCGACGACGAAGGCGCCGCAUACUGGGAAGGCGUCUACGGACAACCAAUCCACAACUACGCCGUUCCACAGACAGAGGGGCCGGAUGGUGAACUGGAAGCCAUGGACGAGGAACAAUACGCCGCGUAUGUACGUGCGCAGAUGUGGGAACGUACACAUGCCGGUAUGAUUGAGGCGCAGGCGCAGUGGCGCGAGGAACGACGACGGAGGAAAUUGCGUGAGCAGCGUGGACGUGCGGAGGAUGCGGAGAAGAUGUCGUUCGAGAAGGCGAUGGAGGAUAGUUUGAGACGUGGAGCGGAGCGGAAGAGGAGGAAGAGGUGGGGGGAGGUUUGGGAGACUUAUCUUGCGAGGUGGGAGGAGAUUGCGAAGGCUGUGAAGGAGGUUACGGAGAAGGAGAAGGAGAAAGAACAGAAGGGUGGAGAUGGUUCCGUCCCUGUUCCUGCGUCAAAGUCUUUGCGCAAUUUACUUUUUUGGCCUGUUGAGUCUGGGAAGAGGAUUGAUGUUGCUACGGAGUCUGUGGAGGAGUUUAUGCGUCAUGCGCCUUCGUCUGAGGAUUUGAUGGUCAUCUUGAAGGCUGAGCGGGUACGCUGGCAUCCAGAUAAGAUUCAGCAUCGAUACAGUGGGCUUGGGAUUGAUGAUGUUGUUUUGCGGAGUGUGACGGAGGUCUUUCAGAUUAUUGAUCGAAUGUGGAAUGAGCGACAACCCAAGACUUGA